AUGCCGUUCGUCAAAAAACUCAAGUCGGAUGCCUACUUCUCGCGGUUCCAGGUUAAAUACCGCAGACGUCGCGAGGGCAAAACUGACUACUACGCCCGCAAACGGCUUGUGACCCAGGCGAAGAACAAGUACAAUGCGCCGAAAUACCGUCUUGUCGUCCGGAUAACGAACAAGGAUGUCAUCGUCCAAAUCAUCUACGCCCGCCUCCAGGGCGACUUUGUCCUGACAUCUGCCCACUCGCGCGAGCUGCCCCGUUAUGGCAUCGAGCACGGUCUGACCAACUGGGCCGCUGCCUAUGCGACUGGUCUUCUUUGCGCGCGCCGUGCGCUGACCAAGCUGGGCCUCGCUGACAAAUACCAGGGUGUCGCCGAGCCAGACGGCACGCUCACGCUCACCGAAGUCAUCGAUGGUGAAGAUGCCCCCCGGCCAUUCAAGGCUUUCCUCGAUGUCGGUCUCCGCCGAACAUCAACUGGCUCGCGAGUAUUCGGUGCGAUGAAGGGUGCCUCUGACGGUGGAAUCUUCGUGCCCCACUCUGAGAAGCGUUUCCCUGGCUACGACCCAGAGUCCAAGGAGCUCGAUGCCGAGGUCCUCAAAAAGUACAUCUAUGGCGGUCACGUGGCGGAGUACAUGGAGUCGCUUGAGGAGGAAGACGAUGAGCGAUUCAAGAAGCAGUUCGCCAGCUACCUCGCUGACGGCAUUGGGUCAGAGGACAUUGAGGACAUCUACAAAAAUGCCCACACCGCCAUCCGAGAGGACCCAACCUUCAAGCCCACGGAAAAGACAACAGACUGGAAGGCGGAGAGCACCAAACAUCGCACAGUCAAACUCACCUACGAACAACGCAAAGCCAACAUUGCCGCCAAGAUCGAGAAGUUCAAGGCUGGUGGCUUCGACGAGCCCGAGGCUGCCGAUGACGACGACGACGACGAGUAA